UCCUCACAUUUCCUCUAAAGAGAAGGUACCGUCCAGACUCGCGUUAGAGUUCAUAAGAAGAGCUGCAGUAUCCGUGUGUUGAGCUCGUGCCGGGUUUUAAAAAAAAAUCUUUAUUUUGGAACUGGUGGCCAUCUAGUUUUAUUUGAUUUACAAAGAUGGCCUCAGAUUCAGGCUACGGACAGCAUGGAGCACAACAAAGCUAUGGAUCUUAUGGUGGAUCCCAAGGCUAUCAAGGCGGACAGCAGGGAUAUGGUCAAGACAAUGGAAGCAGCUCUUAUGGUGGUUCUGGGCAGUCUGGUGGAGAAAGUUAUGGCCAAUCAGCUCCAGGAUAUACCUCUGGCUAUGGUCAACAACUGCCACAGCAGCAGGGCUAUGAAUCCUCACCUGGCUUAGGUGGAGAGAAGUCGUAUGGCCAGCAGUCUGAUGGUGGAAGCGCCGGAGGGUAUGGUCAGUCCGGUGGCUCGUAUGGGGGUUCUCAAGGUGGCUACGGACGACGCAACGAUGGUGAUACCCGGAGGUAUGGUGAUGAUGUGGGCUCAGAUCGGUCUGAGGGAUACAGGGGCAGGGGACGUGGGGGUUAUGAUCGUGGCGGGUAUGACCGUGGUGGCUUUGACCGAGGUGGCCGAGGCGGUCCACCCUCCGGUGUUGGUGGUGGUGACCGCGGUGGCUACAAAAAUUACGGUGGACCCAGAGACUAUGGUCAAAAGGAUGACGGAGAUGACCAGGAUAACUCGGACAAUAAUACCAUCUUUGUCCAAGGUCUUGGAGAAGAGGUCUCCACUCAGGAAGUGGGAGACUUCUUCAAACAGAUAGGAAUCAUCAAGCUGAAUAAGAAGACCGGCCAGCCCAUGAUUAAUCUAUACUCUGAUAAAGCCACUGGCCGACUAAAGGGUGAAGCCACCGUGUCAUUUGAUGAUCCUCCCUCUGCCAAAGCUGCCAUUGAAUGGUUUGAUGGAAAAGAAUUCAAUGGAAGACCUAUCAAGGUGUCGUUUGCUACCAGAAGGGCUGAGUUCAGCCAUAAAGGAGGCAGCGGGGGCGGCGGCGGUGGUGGUGGCGGCGGCGGGCGAGGCCGUGGUGGUUUUCGAGGAAGGGGCAGUGGCGGCUUCGGUGGUGGUCCCUCGUUUGAUGUCAGAGGAGGUGACUGGCCUUGUCCCAACAGCUCCUGUGGCAACAUGAACUUUGCCCGAAGAUAUGAGUGUAACAAAUGUGGAACACCUAAACCAGAAGGUGAAAGUCAUGGAGACCGUGGUGGUCGGGGCGGAUAUGGAGGUGACUGUGGGGACCGUGGCGGCUUCAGAGGCAGCAGAGGAGGUGGAGGUUUCCGGGGUGGUGACCGUGGAGGCUAUGGUGGUGGCGGCUACAAAAUGGGUGGAAGAGGAGACCACAGAGAUGAGAGACGAGGACGACCAUACUGAAGACUUUGUGGAUUCCAUUCCUUUACUAUGGGGGGUGGGUGGGGGGGUUGAAAGGGUAAUGGGGAGAGGUUUCUGUUGGCAUACCUUUCCUUUGCAUGGACGUCCUGUGUACUGUCUGAAAUGAGCAGUUUUUGUUCCCCCAUUAUUGUUGAAUCUGUGAAGGGUAAUGGAAGGAGAACGUAUUUUGGUCUCUGAGCAGCUUCGCUUCAAUACAUUGAGUCCUGUCAGGGGAAUAGCUAAAACUGUCAUCAGAUCAGAUUUAAUUGGUAAUUUUGCUGUAGCUGGGGGGGUUAUUUGUUAUUUUUUUUUAAUUUACUGACUUGUAGAAUCUGGUAUUUAGUGUGUGAUUUUGUGAAAUGCUUAAUAUUGUUUUGUAAAAUCAACAUUAAAUGUUUUACUUUGGGUUUUCUUUUUGCAAAUAUUAAAACACUUGUGAUCUUAAUGUGCUUCUAAAUUAUUGCUUUUGCACAGUCACCUUUCAAGCCUAACAAUGGCAACAUUAAUGUGAACUAAGGUUUUACAAAGGGUUCAUUAAUAGAUAACAAGAAAUGUACAAAUGCAUUAUGAAUCAUUGUUAUGCAGUUAUUACAUCACAAAUUAAGAGGGCUACUUUGAUGCAGUACUUGCCAAGUACUUGAGCAUGAUAUAAAUGCUUUCUAAAUUGUUUUAAUGAAGAAAAAAAAAAAUCCUGAUUCAUGAUUUGCCAAUGCAGCAAAAAUACACCAUUGUAGUGAGAUGAAAAUUAUCAGUUUGCUUCAGUCUGCUUAGCGUUCAUUCAUACCCGUAAGGUCUCGACUUGCUUGAGUUUUCACUUUUUGUCAAUGUCAAAAGCAUGAUUUAACCUAGUCCUAUUUUCCUUAAGUCCUCUGCAUAAACUCUUUUCAGCUCUUUACUCAUUCACAGCACACAUGAUAUAAUAAA